AAAUCGUGUUUGUAACACGAAAGGAAAAAUAAAGUGGCAGCAUCCAACUUAACCUCUAGCAUUUGGCCGAUUCGGCCGUCCGAAUCGAAACCCAUACCAAAUAUUUAAUAUUUUUCUUUUUUGUAAAAAAGCGAGAACAUCGUUCUCUAUAUUAACGCUAGCAUCCUCUUCUGUGUCUCUCUGUCAAUUUGUCACUUUUGUGUUCUAUUAGGACUCCAUAAAUUUGAUUUGAUUGGAGAGAGCAGCAUGAAGCGCUACAGGAAUGGUGAAAUCUGGGACUUCGAACACGAAAUUGCGGUGCCCGGUGACCGCCCGGUGAUUUUAGGAUUGGACGGUGGAACAACAUCCACCGUAUGUAUAUGCAUGCCGGUUCUACCUGUCUCCAAUCCUCUUCCGGACCCACUUCCUGUGCUUGCCCGUGCCGUCGCCGGUUGCUCAAACCACAACAGUGUCGGUGAAACUGCUGCUAGAGAGACAUUGGAGCAAGUUAUGGCGGAUGCCCUUUCAAAAUCAGGUUCCAAUCGUUCUGCAGUUCAAGCUGUUUGUCUAGCAGUUUCAGGUGUUAAUCAUCCAACAGAUGAGCAAAGAAUUUUAAAUUGGCUUAGGGAUAUAUUCCCGAGUCAUGUGAAGCUAUAUGUCCAAAAUGAUGCUGUGGCAGCAUUGGCAAGUGGAACAAUGGGAAAGCUUCAUGGCUGCGUUUUAAUUGCUGGUACGGGCACUAUUGCUUAUGGAUUCACAGAAGAUGGCAGAGAAGCUCGGGCUGCAGGUGCUGGACCCAUCUUAGGUGAUUGGGGAAGUGGAUAUGGAAUAGCUGCGCAAGCAUUAACGGCAGUUGUAAGAGCUCAUGAUGGUCGUGGUCCUGAAACAAGUCUCACACAUAGUAUUUUACGGACUCUUGGUCUUCGUUCUCCAGAUGAACUUAUUGGGUGGACAUAUGCAGAUCCAUCUUGGGCUCGUAUUGCAGCUCUCGUUCCAGUCAUUGUAUCUUGUGCGGAGGAAGGUGAUGAAGUAGCAGAUAAAAUCUUGCAAGAUUCAGUUGAAGAGUUGGCUUUAAGUGUGAAAGCCGUUGUCCAAAAACUUGGCUUGUGUGGCGAAGAUGGAAAUGCUUCUUUUCCCCUUGUUAUGGUUGGUGGUGUUCUUGAAGCAAAUAAGAGGUGGGAUAUAGGAAAAGAGGUGGUAAGCUGCAUUUCUAGAGACUACCCCGGGGCUCUUCCAAUUCGGCCAAAGGUGGAGCCUGCAGUAGGGGCAGCGUUGUUAGGCUGGAAUUUCUUCAUGAAAGAGACUUACAAGGAAGCUUACAACAGAUGACUACGGUUGCGAAAGAGUUAAGUUGUACAGAAGCAAGUGCAUAAAGUAAGUGGCUGUUUAACGGUACGACUCUAUUAGUGUAGGUUGAUUUUUUAAAAUUAUUCACUUCCAAUUUCACUACUGUAUUGGCUUAUUGUGUAAAUUUAUUUGCAUUUAAGCAACUCGAAAAUAAUAAUAAUAAUAAUAAUAAUAUGGAAGCCUCAGUUUGUGCUGCGUUGCA